AUGAGUCUCAAUGUGUUGAGAGUCAAUGCACCAGCAAACGCUACUGCUUCUAUUAUAAUUCUUCAUGGGCUAGGCGAUUCAGCUCACGGGUGGUCAUUCUUGAGUGAACUUUUGCAUCACAACCCUUCGUUUCAGCAUGUCAACUUGAUUUUCCCCAAUGCACCGAUUAAGCCCUUGACCUGUGCAAAUGGACAGAGAAUUUCUCAAUGGUUUGAUAUCUAUGAGAUGGGCAACCCAAAUGCCAAGAUGGAUGAGGAUGGUUAUUGGACCAAUGUUAGUAAGGUCAAUAAUUUAAUUGAAAAUGAAGUCAACAAUGGUAUCGAUGCCAGCAAAAUCAUAGUUGGAGGCUUUUCACAAGGUGCAUCCUUGAGUUUGGGCGUUGCUGCAUCUUAUGAGAAAAAGCUUGCCGGUAUCUUAUCCUUGUCAGGUUUUUUUGCAAUGAAACAUGGAAUCAAAACCAGAUUGACUGAUGCUAACAAAUCUACACCAAUUUAUCAUGGCCAUGGCGACUGCGAUCCUGUUAUAGGAAUUGAAUAUGCUAGGAUGACUGCUAAAUAUUUCAAAGAAGAGCUAGGUUUUACUGAUUACACACUCAAGGAGUUCCCUAAUAUGGCCCACUCUACAUGCAAUGAAGAAAUGCAAGAUAUAAUAGAAUUCUUCAAGAAGAAUUUGGAUUUAUAA